CUUAGUCAGCACAUACACGUCGUCGCGCUUGCCGCCCCAGCGCGCGAGCGCGUCGCCGAUGCUCUGCGAGUUGGCUGGUCAGCGUAUCCGCGGGCGCCGCACCAUAAAUCUGCGCGCCGUCGAGCGACGUAUACCCCGCCUCGAGGGCCUGGAGGACGAGGUCGGCGCACUCCUUCGCGUACAGCGCCGUGCCGGUGCCGAACGCGACGACGGGGAUCGCGUGGCCGUCGUUGAGCGUGAUGUCCGGGACGGUGGUCAUGGUGGGGAGAGGGGCGAUGGGAUGGGAGAUGACGAGUGAGGAGUGACAAGUUAGGAUGAGGAGAGACGAGACGAGACGAGUCGUGUAUCUCGCGACCGCUGGCGAGCAUGGCGACGUCGCUGCCCACCAUCUCCGCUCCGGACAACACACGGCCGGAUAGUCGGGCCGUGCCUGGGGGGAUAUGACGAAAGUCGUAAUCUGCCGAACCGUUUCUCUUCUCAUCUCACCAUGCUGCGUCUCCCACGACUCGUGCCAGCGGCGCGCCCGCUCUCGCGCCCACUCGCGCGCCCACUCGUCCGCCCGCUCGCCCGGUCGCUCUCCACGCGCGCGCCAUCGCCGCGCCCGCCCCCCGCCUCGCAGGGCGGCCUGCGCGUCUCCCACCUCUUCCUCGCCCUCGCGGGCGGCGCGAUCCUCAUCACCACCUACGGGAUCCUCGAAUGGUACUCGUCCCUGCGCGUGUGGCCGGCCUCCAUCCGCGAGCCGCUGAAGAAGGCGCUCAAAGCGCGCAACCACGGCGAGACGGACAAGGCGGAGAAGUACUUCCUGUCCGCGCUCGCGGCGGCGCACGCCCUCCCGCCCGCCGCGCUGGCGCCGGAGCCGCUGCAUAAGAUGGCGGGGCUGUACGCGACCUUCGCGGCCAUGUUGGAGGGGUAUAACCCCAUCCGGGCGUAUGUUGUGCUGCGCGACGCGCGCGCGCUUUUCGGCGACCUUGUGCCGGGGUCCGUGGCGCCGUAUACCGGCGAAGGCAUGGGCGAGGGCGACGUCGUGCGCGCCAUUGGGCUCGCGCAGAAAAUGGGCCAGAUCGCCGCGCGGAUGGGCGGCGCGGCCGCGCCGCCGCCGUUCCCGACCGGGUCGAUGGGGACGGAGGGAGGGGGAGGGGAGGGAGGGGACGGAGGGGAGGAGGGUGCGGCGGCCGCCCUCCUCCGGAGCGCGGGUGGGGAGGUGCUCACGGGCGCGGAAGCCGGCAAGGCGUGGGACGAGGCCGCGGAGGCCCACCUCUCCGCUGCGAUCGCCGCGAUGCUCAAGAUGGGCUUGGCGCACCGCCCCACUCAAGAAGGCGAGGGCGGCGAGCCUGUCGUCGUCGGCCGCGACGUACGCCUGCCACACGACGGGGAGGACGCGGGGCGCGUGAACCGCCGCGGACUCGGCAUGACUAUGGAGACGCUUGCGGAGGUGUAUGGCCGUCGGGGGCGGCCGGAUCUCGCCGGCCAGCUCGUGCUUCAGGCCAUUACGACGUUGCUUCCGCCCCAGGCGGAGCCGGGCAGCGUGCCUCCCGCUGACCGGUGUCAAGCCGCCAUGCUCAUGACAUCGCUCUCGUCCUACGCGCUCGGGCCGCGCACGCAGCCCGCCAUCGCCGCGUCACGCUCGUGGUCGCUCCGCGCGCUGCAGGAGGCCGAGGCCGCGACCAAGGCUGCCGGGUGGGGCACAGGCCUGCCCACGGACAUGGGGCAGGCCGUGUGCCAGCGCGCAGGGAGCGUAGCGCUCUUCAACCUCGGCAUGCUGGCCGAGAUGGAAGGUGACGAGCGCGGCGCGCGCAAGUACUUCAACGCCGCGUUGGCCGCGGCCCGCGACAGCGGGUUCGCCGAGGGCCGGCGCGAGGCCGCCGAGGCGCUGCGGCGAGUACGCGCGAAGAGCGAGGCAAAAGAUCAGGAGAAGUAGAUGCACAGCUCGAGAGCAGCAAUGUAUACACUC